CUACACGAAAAUUAUUAUAGAGAUAACGAGUAUCACUUUACAAAAUGUAUUUGAAGUUAUUUCAACGAUUUUAUAUUAAAUACAUUACAAGUUUAUUUACUUAAAAAGUGGACCAGGCCAUGAUGUCGUCCUUCGGAAAUAUCGUUUAUGUUAUUUUUGCUCUUUUAAAGUGAAAUAGUCCACCGUUUUAAACAUGCACAUUCACACUUAUAACAUAUAUCCGUAGAAUAUGCGCCUGUAUGUGUGUGGCUGUGUUUGUGUGUUAGGGAAAGUGGAGGGAGAGAGAGAGGGAGAGAGAGAGAGACAGAGAGAGAAGACUAGGCCUAUUUAGGUAUUAAAGCACAGUGCUUCGUUGUAAUAUUUAAUAUGCCGCGAAGACAUAACAUGUGAUAAAUGCAACCAUUAAUACGGAUGCUGGCGAAAUCCACAGAAAUGCCCACACGUUUUAAAUCUAUGAUAUGUCUAACGGUUUGCUUUUAUUUACCAUUGAAAGGAAUAUGUGUUAACCGUAUAAGCGAUGAGAUUUCCAAAUACCGUCAGUGAGGGAAAGCUUUGCAAUUUCCUCCCCACAUAAUUCGCCAGUGAAUGCAGGAAGGAGAACGUCCACGAAUCCGAAAAGAAAGAUGUGGCAACUAUUGGAUUUCCGAACAAAUUAAUAUGAUCCGUGAAUCUGCAUCUGUCAACCAAAAUAGCACGCUGAAUGCGGAAGUUGUAAUUAAUUAUGGUUUAUUGUAGGUAAAGAGUCGUUUUGCAAUGGCUAUAGUUUGCUAACAUGUAGUUUUAUUGCUUAACCUGUUAUAAAACGGAGAUUGACACAGUGGGUUUAAUGUGUACCUUAUUUUUAAAAUGAAAGAUUCAUAGCAGCUGCAGGUACACUCGCCACUUCUCAGUGGUAGCCUUUAAAACUUCGUUAACGAUUUUGAUUUGUUAAUACUGGAUAUGAAUUUUAGUUUUUACUGAACUCGAAUAAUAAAUACCGGCCCUAUUCUAUUCUUCGUUGUUUUUUUUUGCAGUUUAUAGUUUCACUCUUUCCAUAACGUUUUAUGAGAAGGUUAACGAUUAUAAGGUGUUCGUUAAAAAAAACGAGCAUCUGAUGGGAAGAUUGAUUAUGAUAUAAAGUAGUCCCUCAAGAAAAGAAAUCCAACCGUUUUCUUCUUGUAUUUCAGUUGGCAGAAAGAAAUCAACUUCCUUAUAUAGAAGUGAUUAUAUGCCAAUGCAUAAAAAAACAUAUGGAGUUGCUAUAUAAAAUUAUGACUAUAAAAGAUUGACCCUGCUACAAGCUGCGGACUGAUUUAUAUUUUAUUGUUGUUUUUUGAAUCACGUGGGUGAUGUAUCCAAUGGGGUGGAAGUGCGCCUGCACCAUAUUAGCGGACUGUACUUGUCCCGGCGGUAAGUUGUUAUAUUGAAUUCUGCUCUUUCAUAUUUUCAGAGGCGCUUGCUGUGUCAUUGCCGAGAAUGUCGACAUCGGGGACUAUCAGCAAUUAUUAUGUCGACUCUCUCAUAAUGCAUGAGAACGAUGAUCUGCUGGCGUCCAGAUAUGCGUCGGGUCCACUGGCUCAGGCUUCCAGGCAGGCAGCCCUUACUGAACACCCCGAUUUUUCCCCCUGUAACUUCCAGUCUAAAGCGACUGUGUUCAGCACGUCCUGGAACCCGGUGCAUGCUCAGACCUCUGCCAACAUGCCCACUGUUUAUCACCCAUACAUGCACCAGGCACCUAUUACCGCUACGCCUGAUGGUAGGUACAUGCGCUCCUGGCUAGAACCCAUGCCGGGGACCUUGUCCUUUCCCGGGUUACCUUCCAGUAGACACUACGGCAUCAAACCUGAGCCUGCAGUUGCCCGCAGAAAUGACUGCACUACGUUUGAUACACACACGUUAGCCCUCUCAGAAUAUGCUUGUGGACCAUCUCCUGGUGAUAAACGUCUGGCCGAGAUUUCCUUUUCUGAAAAUAAUGGAGAGGUUGAAUCAAACGCAGAUAAGCUGCACAUGGAUCCAAAUAACCCUUCCGCGAACUGGCUGCAUGCAAGGUCUACCAGAAAAAAACGCUGCCCUUACACCAAACAUCAGACAUUGGAGCUGGAAAAGGAAUUCUUGUUUAACAUGUACCUCACAAGAGACCGCAGAUACGAGGUCGCCCGGGUUCUCAAUCUCACCGAACGGCAAGUUAAAAUCUGGUUUCAGAAUAGAAGAAUGAAGAUGAAAAAAAUUAAUAAGGAACGACCUAAAGAUGACCGGUGACAUGGAUUAAAAUAUCUUCGAAGAGAAAAAAAAGGACUAUUUCACCAUUACUAUCGAAACGGGCUCUGGUUAGAAAGACAUUGUGAACAUUUUAUCAUACCAUUAGCACAAAUUAUUCCUUUGCCAGUUCUGGACUACACUUGGUGGGAAAGACUCACACACUUGUUAGAUGGGAACCAAAGAGGGAGACAUCUACGGCAAGGUUAAGUCUGUGGCUACGGAAUCUACCUUUACAUGAAAACUACCUUCUCUUAAUCCACCGCUAUUCUAUGCGGACAGUAAUUCAGUAAUACUGUAUUCGUUUAAUAUUUACUUGUUUUACAUGCAGCAAAUGAGGCUGCCUAUAUACUUGAAUCCAUGUGUCUGUUGUGAUUAUCUCUGUGACUGGGCCUCUGUGCUUAGGCGGUGUCUGAGUAAAGAUCGUGUAAACAAACAAAAGAAAAAUCUCAAUUCAACUCAGGAUGUUUAAUAUAAAACUAACAGGCUAUGUGUUGGAUAUGAAAUGUUAUUUUCGUGGUGAACUUGGGACAUAUAUUGUAUUAUUUUCACUGUGAAUUAACGUAAAAUCGCCAGGCUUUAUGCUGUCUUUGUGAGACUGAGUAACGGCCUUGCCUGGGUGCAUGACGUUUGUGUUGUUCUUCAGCAAAUAUAUGAAACUGAAUUGCAUAGAAUGCUAAUAUAAGUUUUAUUUAAAAGAGCGGCGCUGAACAUACUGCUACACGAUACUAUUGUCUAUUGUGAUGAAAGCACGAAUAAAGUUCUCAGACACUUUGUAUUUAUCGGUGUUGUGGUGCAAAGAAAAGUAUAAGAUUUGGUUUAAAAACUACCUAUAUGUAUAACUAGUAACUACCUAUGUUUUGUGUGUAAAUGUCACUCUUAAAACAGUCUAGAUGCAUUUAUGCUAUGGAAAAAAAAACAAUAUUGUCAAUAAAUGUAAUGUGUACAAUACAAGGAAAAUAUCUGGGUGCAAUAGAAAGAACCGAUACCACUAAUGUGUUUUAAAUAGGGUUUCGGUAAACCUGCGGAGCUAACACGUUUAAACUUGUGUACACGUUUGAAAUGAAUACCUCGUGUCAUAUUGACCAAACUAUACUGUUUGUAAUGAAAUGUCAUUUUAUUUGUUGUCUAAUAAAAUAUAUGUUUCACUAC